AUGAUGCACCCGACACUGGCCAUAGAUGGGCCGCGUGCUAUUGAUAAGACACAGUUCACUGAUGCAUGCGAGAAGGAAAAGGUAGGAAGGACCGAUGAUGAUGAUGAUGAUGAUGAUGAUGAUGAUGAUGAUGUUGAUGAUGGUGAUGAUGAUGAUGAUGAUGAUGAUGAUGAUGAUGAUGAUGAUGAUGAUGAUGAUGAUGAAAGAUGA